AAAUAUGCAAACUAUUAGAACUAUUCAAAUACAAUCUCAAAUUAGUUCAUCUAUGAAUUCAUCUAGCAAUUCAUCUAAUAUUCUAGAAGAAAUUUCAGAAGAAAUUUUAUAUAAUGCAGUUAUUCAAAAAAGAAUUAUAGAACUGAUUCAAAAUGCAAAUAAAGAAUUAGAUGAAAUAAAAAAAAAUUGUG